GAGGGACGAAGGCGGAGCCGCAAGACAGACCGUGGGGAAGGAAGGAAAAUGGCUCGACCUGCAGGCGCAGCGCUUUGGCGGCUGCAGCAUCUCUUCUCACAACUCUCCCGCUCUGCAACACUGGCAGCGGUCCCGAGAUCCUAUAGCACUGCCAUAACCUCAGCGAAAGUAGAAGUGAAUGGCGUCCACCUACACUACCAACAGACUGGAAAUGGAAAUCAUGCUGUCCUGCUACUCCCUGGCAUGUUAGGCAGCGGUCAGACUGAUUUUGAACCACAGCUGAAGAAUAUGAACAAGGAGAUUUUUACCAUUGUUGCCUGGGACCCCCGAGGAUACGGAAAAUCAAUCCCCCCAGUUCGAGAUUAUCCUCUAGACUAUUUUGAAAGAGAUGCAAAAGAUGCUGUUGACUUGAUGCAGGCACUGAAGUUUCAGAAGUUCUCUUUGUUGGGAUGGAGUGAUGGUGGAAUAACCGCACUCAUUGCAGCUGGAAAACAUCCAGAUUUGAUCCACAAAAUGGUGGUGUGGGGAGCCAAUGUGUUUGUUACAGAAGAGGAUGUGAAAAUUUACAAUGCUAUCCGAGAUGUUUCUAAAUGGAGUGAAAAAGUAAGAAAGCCAUUGGAAGAAAUGUAUGGGCAUGAAUAUUUGAGCAAAAUGUGUUCCGCUUGGGUAGAUGGAAUCUCCCAGUUCAUGCAAAAAUCAGAUGGUGAUAUCUGUCAGCUUCUGCUAACUCAUAUUAAAUGCCCAACGUUAAUUAUACAUGGUGAGAAAGAUCCAUUGGUACCCCGUUUUCAUGCAGAAUAUAUCCACAAGCGUAUCAAAGGUUCACGGUUGCAUUUUAUGCCUGAAGGAAAACAUAAUUUACACCUACGGUUUGCAGAAGAGUUUAAGAAAAUGGUAGAAGAAUUUCUUGUGUAAAGCACCUACUUAUUUGCUGUUCCUGAGAGAUUGAUAAACUUCAGCUGAAACUGGCAACGGUGAAUUGUAUUCUUAAGGGAAAGAAUGUGACAAAGGAAUGUAUUUUCUCCAAAUGGUAGCAAAACUGAUAUAUGCCAAUAAUUCUGGGACAUGGAAAAGGAUUAAAAACUGCUAGAAGUGAGAAUAUUUUCUCAAAAGCUUUGUAAAGUUAAGGGAGCCGCAUAAGUUUCAAUAAAUACUUUAUUGCCCAGAUUCACCUUGAAGAAAAGCACAAACAAAAAUCAUUAUUCAAAAUGCAUGCCUUGAUACAGAGUCCUUAACACUGAACACCACACAAAAGCCAAUGCAGAAUUUUACUGCAGACAUUCUUGAAGAGUUUACACGAUGCACAAAAGAAAGCCAACAUAAGACAGUGCCACAGAAAACAUGCUCAAUCCCAGCUGUCUGAAUUCAUGCCUGCUCUACUAGCAUUCUAGUUGCAAUUGUGCCCAAGUCUUAAGGAUUAUUCUUCCUUUUUUUUUUAAGAAAAAGGCUGUAGACGUGAUUUUGAACAUACAGUGAUUCGGAAUAUUAAAAAUACCAUCUUAGUUCUUAAAGUGAGAGGGAAUAAGCUCCUAACUUUACAAGCCAAUGAUAACAAUCCUUUCCUGUAUUACAAAAAAUAGUUUUAAAAUCCAGUUGUUGCAAUAUCUGCAUCUUUUGAACAGCCCAAUCCCAAAAGUUGGAAAUGAUCAGUUUAAAUUACAAUUAAAAUGUUACAAGUUACACACAGAAUUCUAAUUGCAAUUGUAAAUACUUCUAUCUGGUGUGCAUUCUUGGGAGAGCACAAGAUGAGGGAAAAUUAAUCAAAAUAAGUUUACCUACUGCCUCUGCAAUUCUGUAGAAUAUUCUUUAGCAUGUGCAAAAAUAUUUCAAGGGGUAGACUGCUUAUACUAAUUGGUAGAGAAAUCUAUUAUUACUAUUACAUUUCUUGAUUACUGCCUUUCCAGUGGAAUCAAGAGCAAUGGUCAAUAACGAGGGGUAUGCAAGUCUUCUCCAAUGUAGCCCCCUCCAGAAGUACUGGUACUUGUAGCUCCUACUGUUCCCAAGAAAGAAAGAAAA